AUGGUUAAUGUUCCACACUUUGUUUUAUUUCCAUUCGUAGCACAAGGACACAUUAUUCCAAUGAUAGACAUAGCUAAACUGUUAGCACAGCAUGGUGUUAUUGUUACCAUUUUCACUACGCCAAAGAAUGCGUCACGUUUUUCUUCUGUUCUUUCUCGUGCUGUUUCCUCUGGCCUUCAACUCAAUCUUCUAACACUCAAUUUUCCAUCAAAACAAGCUGGAUUACCAGACGGGUGUGAGAAUUUCGACAUGGUUGACAUUUCAAAUGACAUGUGGAACAAUUUUAUCUAUGCAGUUUCCUUGCUCCAAAAACCAGCACAGGAACUGUUUGACAAAUUGUCACCGAGACCAAGUUGCAUUAUCAAUGACUUUUGCAUUCCUUGGACUUCUCAAAUAGCUGAAAAAUAUCAAAUUCCAAGGAUUUCGUUUCAUGGGUUUUCUUGUUUCGGUAUCUAUUGUUCGUUCAAGGUGCGUUCUUCAAAGAUUCUUGAGAGCAUCAAUUCAGAAACUGAGUGUUUCUCUAUUCCAGGCAUACCUGACCAAAUUCAUGUCACCAAAGGGCAAAUGCCAGGAGGAAUAGUAGAGAAACUACCGAAGGAGUUUGUUGAGAAAUUGCGUGAAGCUGAAAUGAAAUCAUAUGGUGAAAUCAUAAACACUUUUGAAGAACUAGAGAAAGAAUAUGUUAAUGAUUACAAGAAAGUGAGAAAUGAUAAGGUUUGGUGUAUUGGUCCUGUUUCACUUUGCAACAAAGAUGGUUUAGAUAAGGCUGAAAGAGGUAACAUAGCUUCAAUAAGUGAACAAAUUUGUUUGAAGUUUCUAGAUUUGCAUAAACCAAAAUCUGUUGUUUAUGUUUGUCUUGGAAGCGUAUGUAACUUAGUUUCUUCACAGCUUAUUGAAUUGGCUUUGGGAUUGGAAGAAACAAAAAUACCAUUUAUUUGGGCUUUUAGGGAUGGAAUUAAUAAAACUCAAGAGUUGGAAAAGUGGAUAAGUGAUGAACAUUUUGAGGAAAGAAAUAAAGGGAGAGGACUUAUAAUUAGAGGGUGGGCUCCACAAGUGGUGAUAUUAUCUCAUCCUUCAAUUGGUGGAUUCUUAACACAUUGUGGUUGGAAUUCAACACUUGAAGGGAUAAGUGUUGGUGUGCCAAUGGUAACUUGGCCAUUAUUUGCUGACCAAUUUUUGAAUGAGAAGCUGGUGACUCAUGUUUUGAGGAUUGGAAUGAGUCUUGGUGUUGAGGUUCCAUUGAAGUGGGGAGAAGAAGAAAAGUUAGGUGUGGUUGUGAAGAAGGAAUGUAUUAAGGAGGCAAUCUGCAGUGUGAUGGAUGAGGGAGAUCAAGAGAGUAAAGAGAGAAGAGAAAGAGCUAGUGAAUUUGGUGAGAUGGCAAAGAGAGCUGUUGAAAAAGGUGGAUCCUCUUAUCUUAAUAUUUCUUUGCUUAUUCAAGAUGUCAUACAACUACAAUCAACCACGAAAGCUGAAACAUGA